AUCGGGCAUCGCAGAUCCCCUCCCCGACACCUUUCUCCAGUAGUGCUCCAGCUUUCCGACUCCUGAAGAGAGACACUCUCCGCCUGACAUCCGUUAACCACCACAGCAUCUCUGACAUCCAAACGCUGUCACAGUAAUUCGACUCAUCGUUAAAGUGGUAUACGGCACCACAACGCUGUUCUCCCGUCACACCGACUGAUAUUCUUAAACUUUAAAUGCUGUUGUUAUGGCUAUCUGAAAGGUUUUAGAGGCAGUUAAAACUGCUAAACUGAUGCUUGCAUGAAACAUUUUUGCCUACGAUCUAUUGGAGUCAUCUCUCUUUAAAAAAAAAGAAAAAAAAAAAAAAGAAAAGAAAUCUCGGGAUUGUCGGCGAUGUUGCUCUCCAUCUUAAUCGAUACCUGAGACCAGGGGUCAAGAGUUAAGAAUUUGUAUUUGGUUCGGAUCGCCUCACGUUUGAAGAUCAUUAAAACAGAUCAAACUUUUAUCACAUAUGACACGGAUUAUUAAAGAUGAGACGCUUAUUUUGACCAUCACAGUGGGAUAAAGUGCAGCGCAUCAUCACCGCACCUUCAGGAUGUUCCGGCGAGGCUGUGGUCUGGAGUUUCUCCUGGUGCUGUGUGGUUUAGAGUUGACCCAGGGGUGUCCCGGUCACUGCAUCUGCUACGACUCUCCCAGUACGGUGAGCUGCCAGGCGCACAACUUCCAGGUGGUUCCAGAAGGAAUCCCGGCCCAGAGCGAGCGGGUCUUUCUGCAAAACAACAAGAUCCAACGAUUGCUACAGGGUCAUUUCAGCCCAACCACCGUCAUGCUUUGGCUCUACUCCAACAAUAUCUCAUACAUCCAGCCCUCCACAUUCAUGGGCUUCACCCGCCUGGAGGAGCUCGAUCUGGGGGACAACAAACACCUCCACUCUUUGGCUUCUGAUACUUUUCAGGGCCUGACCCGACUCCAUGCUCUGCACCUCUACCACUGUGGCCUAAUCACUCUUCCCGCUGGGUUAUUUGAAGGACUGCACAACCUGCAGUACCUCUAUUUACAGAACAACCAGCUGGAGUUUCUCGAGGAUGACAUGUUCAUUGAUCUGCUGAAUCUCAGCCAUCUAUUUCUGCAUGGAAAUCGGCUGUGGAGCCUCCACCAGAACACUUUCCGUGGCCUAGGGGCCCUCGAUCGCUUGCUGCUGCAUCAGAACCGGCUCCAGUGGGUUCACAAACAGGCUUUCCACGACCUGCGGCGCCUGACGACUCUCUACCUGUUCAACAACUCCUUACCCGAGCUGCCGGCCGAGAGCUUGACUCAGCUGCCGGCGCUCGAGUACCUGCGUCUCAACGACAACCCUUGGGAGUGCGACUGCAAGGCCGUGCCGCUCUGGGAUUGGCUGCGGCGCUUCCGUGGCUCCACCUCCUCAUUAAUAUGCACGGCUCCGCCGGAGCUGGCGGGAAAGGAUCUGAAACGGCUGACGAAAGAAGAGCUGCCCUCGUGUACGGGCUCCGAGUCGCUCCACCAGAGCAAAUCCAGCAGCCAGGGGGACGUGGGGGUGUCACUCAAGAAAGAUCAUCAUCACCGGUCACACAAUCAUCAACAUCAUCCUCACCUGCCACAUCAGGAUCAAUACUAUCCCACCUCCCCGUCACCGCGACCGCCCAAGUCGGGACGCAACAGGAACUGCACGAGACACCGCAGCCGUAAGGGCAACGGUCCGAACGAGGUGUACAACCUGAAGGACUUAGCCAACGACAAAUAUGACCCGUCAAAGCCAAGACGUAAGAACAAGUGCAUCCCACGGACUUCGGUGGGGCCCCCUAGUAAUGUGCAAAGAACAAACAGCAGCAGGGCCACGUCCCUCUCGGCGCCUUAUUUCAUCAUCCCUCUUUCCUUAUUGGUGUGUCUCACUGCCCUUAUUUUCCGCUGAGCCUGUGGAAGCCUGUACAAAUGGUUUCACUGAAAAAAAAACAAAUAUAGCCCUCUGUCUACUCUGGCUCCAACACUUCAGUGUGCGAAUGUGUGUGUGUUUGUGCGUGUGCGUGUACGUCAGCGAGCCCCUUUUGAGGGACAGAGGACUUACGGGCCAGGAAUUAAACCAGAGAUGUGAAGAAGACACUCUGGAGUUUGUGGGUGAGAGCGGGACACUAAAUCACCAUUCCCUGUUGCUGCUGUUUUACCAGGGCAUAUUCAGUAAAAAAAAUUGUUAACUACAUUCUGUUGCACAUCACACCUCUGCAAAAUAAUUAGCAGCCCUUUUUGGUCAAGCGUGCCACCAUCCAAAUCCUCGUCCGGACCUUCGACCUACAUAAACAGACCAUUUACUCAAAUGCACAUGGAACUGCUGAGCUAAUGUGUUAGCAUCUCUGCGCUUUCUGAGGGAGGGUUGUCGUCAACACGUUUAGCACCUGACAAGAUAAAAAUGACAACCAAGCACAAAGAUGAGGGAUUGUUUUAGUUACAAUGUUGUUUUUUUAACAUAUAUACAAGAAAAAUGGUUGCAUUUGCAAUAUUCGCACAUUAAAGCUGGUUCAUACAAUGCAGCCCCAACAAAUGCUAACAGGGUUAGCACGCGCUACGCUAAUCCAACAAAACCAAAAGUUUUUGUUUGUUGUCGCAUGGUGAAAUGGCAUUCUACUCUUCUGAUGCUGCUAUGCUGGCAUACUUUAAGGUCAGUGAGUUUAUGAAGGAUUAUGGGAUGGCUCUGGGUUUGUGUGUGUUGUUAUUCGUUGAUUGUGCCCUUAAGAUAGUAUUUUGCAUAAAAACUGGAAGGAAAAAAAGUUAAGACAUGAAAAGGUCAAGUGGAGCGCAUGUGUUAUCUGUUACUCAGCUGCAAUAAUGUGCUAACCUAAAAGAGAAACUACAACACUACAUUAGCAUAUACACAUGACGGUUCAAAAUGUUUCACAAAGGGGGAAAUAGAGCUGUGCAGAGGCUAACCUGGCUAAUUCGCCAUUGAUUCCCUGAGGAAGUUCCUACGGGUUUCUGAAAUAGCAGUUUUUGAUUUAGAUUGCUAUGGAGGAGGGCAAACAUGAAGACUUUCUUGACUAAAUAUAUUAAUAACACUCAGAAACGGAGCAGACGCAGUGCUAGCAUCUCUCGCAGUGCUAGCGUAGCGGAACAGAUGAAAAUGGCCCUUUUGGGUUUUUAACAAUAACGUGAAAAGACUUGUUCUCCGUCACACAUGCAAGAAAAUAAUUGUUUUAUUUUAUAAAUAAGUUCACUUUGUAAAUACGUAGCUAAAUAGGGACUACAACUAGGUACCACAAGAAUGUGAAUUUGCAUGCUUGAUGGGCCAAACAAAUCACUGUAGUCCUUAUGUAGCCACUUGUUAGCAAAUAAGCGUUUGUUUAAAAAAAAAAAACUAUGGUAUUGAACAAAAUGUGACAAAUAUAAUGGUGACCACAGGCUUUAUUUUACUCAUAAAUCAAUAACAACCUUCUGAAAACCCAUUAGAAACUCCAGAGGGAACACAUGGCCCAAAAAUGCCAUUUCCCAUUUAGGUUUUAAGAGUAGAAACUGAACAGUUUAAGAAAGCCAACGCAAGUUCUGAGGUAAUAAUCCAGAUUAAUCCUCGCAAGCCAUAGAAAAACAUGUCUGUCACUCACCAUCUCUGACCUCUGCCGCUGUUAAGCCAUUGAACUUGUCUGAAUUGACGUCCUAAAUCCCAGAUAUUAAACGUCAAUGAAAAAUCAAAGCGCCCCCUGUGGACAGAUAGGGUAAUAGCACUUUCACCACCUCUAACUCGUCCCCAUUAAAGACUUUCUACCUUUAUACAAAAGUGAACAGAAGUUAUUAUGAAAUGUCCAUUGUGAACAUUUAUACGUCACGUACUAACAAAAGACUGCGUAUAACAUUGUCGGGGGAAAAAUUUUGUAUUCAUGUACUUUUUCUUUGUAUGUUAACACCUUUCUCGUCUUCCUCAUCUUUAUCCCCCCCUUUUUCAUGACUCAAACUUUCUGUCUGUUAUGAAACACCACUCAAAAUCUGUUUCUAAAGAACAUUAAAGAGAAAUGUGGUCUCA